CACUUUGGUUACUUUUUUUUACUACAACUCCGUUGUGUUCAAAUACAGUGUAUUUUCUCUGUUUUCACAUUCAGGCCUGAAAUCCAGUCUCUCAUCGAGGAGGAAGAGAAUCAGAAAAACAGCCUGUGAAAUGAGUGUGUGUGAGGAGAGAGUGCAGGUGGCUCCUGUUGACACUCAGAGAGCAGGGUCUCCAGGAUUCAGCUGUGUGUUUGUGAAGAGCAACAACUCCAUGAAUCGGCCACCUGAUCUCAGUGAUGUUCACGCUCAAAGAGCAUCAUCUCCAGGAUUCAGCUGUGUGUCUGUGAAGAGCAACAACUCCAUGAAUCGGCCUCCUUAUCUCAGUGAUGUUAACGCUCAGAGAGUAUCAUCUCCAGGAUUCAGCUGUGUGUCUAUGAAGAGUAACAACUCCAUGAAUCGGCCUCCUUAUCUCAGUGAUGUUAACGCUCAGAGAGUAUCAUCUCCAGGAUUCAGCUGUGUGUCUAUGAAGAGUAACAACUCCAUGAAUCACCCUCCUGAUCUCAGUGAUGUUCACGCUCAAAGAGCAUCAUCUCCAGGAUUCAGCUGUGUGUCUGUGAAGAGUAACAACUCCAUGAAUCGGCCUCCUGAUCUGAGUGAUGGAUCUUCUGUGACCUCUGACUCCGUCAUCAUCAACAGGAAGAGAAAGAGAGCAGCAUUUCCACUGCAGCCUCCUGGUCUCAGUGAUGGAUCAGUGCCCUUUGAUCCUGUUGGUAGGAAAGCUGACCAGAUCAGAUAUGUUUCCUGUCCGUCCAGCACAUCCUCCUAUAGUCAGAACCACAUCAGUCAUUAUGACACAGAAGCAGCUCUGCAGCUCGAUUCUCAUCAACCAGAGCAAGAUGAUCUACAGAGAGUCAAAGACCAGCACAGAACCAGCAUGAAGAACAAGUAUGAGAGCUUAUUUGAGGGAGUCAAACUACAAGAGAAUCAGACCCUCCUGAACAGGAUUUACACACAGCUGUACAUCAUAGAGGGAGAGAGUGAAGGAGUGAAUGAAGAACAUGAAGUGCUACAGAUGGAGAAAAGUUACAGGACACUCCAAGACACUCCAAUCAACUGCAAUGACAUCUUUAAUCCUUUACCUGAACCAGGAUAUGAGGAGAUGAGAAGAGAGCAGAAAGACAAUAUGAAGACUGUUCUUACUAAAGGCAUCGCUGGAAUUGGAAAAACCGUCUCUGUGCAGAAGUUCAUUCUGGACUGGGCCGAGGGAAAAGCCAAUCAGGAUGUAGAUUUCAUGUUUGUGCUUACAUUUAGAGAACUGAACUUGAUUAAAGAUCAUCAGUACAGUCUUCACAGACUUCUGCUAGACUUUCAUCCUGAACUUCAAGAUCUGGACUCAAAGAUUUAUGAUGAAUGUAAAGUUGUGUUCAUCUUUGAUGGUCUGGAUGAAAGCAGAAUUACACUGAUGUUUUCAGACAGUCAGAAAGUUUCUGAUGUGACUGAGAUUUCAUCAGUGGGUUUGUUGAUGUCAAACCUCCUGAGAGGAGAUCUGCUUCCCUCUGCUCUCAUCUGGAUCACCACCAGACCAGCAGCAGCCAAUCAGAUCCCCUCCAACUACAUCAACCGUGUGACAGAGAUUCAGGGAUUCAAUGACCCUCAGAAGGAGGAAUAUUUCAGGAAGAGAAUCAGUGACGAGCAUCAAGCCAGCAGAAUCAUCUCACACAUCAGAAGAGCAAGAAGCCUCCACAUCAUGUGUCACAUACCUGUCUUCUGCUGGAUCUCAUCCACUGUGCUUCAAAACAUCCUGAAACAAGAUCUCAGUGAAGAAAUCCCUCAAACUCUGACUGAAAUGUACAUCUACUUCCUGCUCAUUCAAACAAAGAUGAGGAACCAGAAGUAUGAAGAGAGACAUUCAGAUAAACUCCUGCAGUCCAACAGAGAAGUGAUUGUGAAACUUGCUGAACUGGCUUUCAAUCAGCUGAUGAAGGGCAAUGUGAUGUUUUAUGAGGAGGACCUGAGAGAGAGCGGCAUAGACAUCACUGAUGCCUCAGUGUAUUCUGGGAUCUGCACUGAGAUCUUUAGAGAGGAAUCUGUGAUUUAUCAGAGGAAGGUUUACAGCUUUGUACAUCUGAGCUUUCAGGAGUUUUUUGCAGCACUGUAUGUGUUUUUCUGCUAUUUACACAAAAACAGUGAGAUUCUGAAAAUGUUCCUGACAGGAAAGUCCAGAACUCAGUGUGAGAAUAUUACUCUGGACGUGUUUCUGAAGGAAGCAGUGAAUAAAGCCUUGAAGAGUAAAAAUGGACACCUGGAUCUUUUCCUUCGGGUUCUUCAUGGCGUCUCACUGGAGUCCAAUCAAAGACUCUUACAGGAUGUACUGAUACAUACAGAGAACAACCCAGAGAUCUUCAAGAAAAUAAUCCAAAACCUCAAACGAGGUCAAAAAAACAACAUCAGUCCUGAACGAUGGAUGAAUCUAUCACACUGCUUGAUUGAGAUGAAAGAUAAUUCUCUUGUUGAAGAAGUGCAGGCGCUUUUAAAAUCUAAAACAAGAAGCAAAGGUCUUUCUCUUGCACAAUGCUCAACUUUGGCAAACAUGAUCCUGAUGUCAGAGGAGGUGCUGGAUGAGUUUAAUCUUAAUAGGUACAACAUCAAAUCAAAAGAGGGCAGAAUAAGACUGGUACCUGCUGUGAGGAACUGCAGAAAAGCUGUAUUGACAUCCUGUAAUUUCACUGAUCAGCACUGUGAAAUUUUGGCCUCAGCACUUCAAUCAUCAAACUCCACCCUGAGAGAGCUGGACCUAAGUAACAAUGACCUACAGGACUCAGGAAUAAAACUGCUCUGUGCUGGAUUUAAUAGUCCAAAUUGUCAACUCAACAUACUGAGAUUAUCUGGCUGUAUGGUGACAGAAGAAGGUUGCGCAGCUCUGGCAUCAGCUUUGAGCUCAAACCCCUCACACCUGAGAGAGUUGGAUCUGAGCUACAAUCACCCAGGAGAAUCAGGAGCGAAGCUGCUCUCUGAUACACUCAAACAUCUGGACAAACUCAAUGUGGAUCAUGGAGGAGUACACAUGAUGACAUCAGGACCUCAGAAAUACGCCUGUGAUCUCACACUGGAUCCAAACACAGCAUUCAGAAACCUCGUUCUGUCUGAGGAGAACAGAAAGGUGACGCAUGUCUCUGAGAGACAGUCAUAUCCUGAUCAUCCCGACAGAUUUGAUCUGUGGGAUCAGGUUCUGUGUUCAGAGAGUCUGACUGGACGCUGUUACUGGGAGACUGAAUGGAGCGGAGAUGUUCAUAUAUCAGUGUGUUAUAAAGAAAUCAAGAGGAAAGGAGGGAGUCUUAACUGUGUGUUUGGACGUAAUGAGAUCUCCUGGAGUCUGAUCUGCUCUGGUCACAGAUUCACUGCUCGUCACAAUAAUAAAGAGACUUGUAUCUCUGUUGCUCCAGACUCCUGUAAGAGAGUCGCAGUGUUUCUGGACGAGUCGAGCAGCUCUCUGUCCUUCUACAGCGUCUCUGACACACACACACUCACACACUUACACACAUUCACACACACAUUCACUCAACCGCUACUCGCUGGAUUUCACCUUUAUACAAACUCUUCAGUGUCUCUGUGUGACAUGAAACACUAAACACACACACACACACACACACACACAUUAAACACACACACUCACACUCAC